CAUGAUCAUACAAGGGGUACCAGCACUCAAUCUGCAAACUUUCAAGUAGGAAGAGUAGGAAGAUCCCCAAUCUCCUCCAGCUCCAUCUCGCUCUCACCUUGAGGUGAUCAUGGAGCUCAAGGCCAAAAGAUCCACCUCUAUCAAGGCACUACUUGUUGAGGACAUUGAAGUUUGUAGGCUGGUCCUCUCAACUAUAUUGCUCGCACUGAACUGUGAGGUUACUCUAGCCGUGAAUGGGAAGGAAGCUGUUGAAUUGUUCCUUGAGGGGAAGAAGUUUGACAUUAUUUUGUUAGAUAAGGACAUGCCCAUCAUGACUGGUCCCGAGGCAGUUGUGAAGAUCCGUGCUAUGGGGGAAGGUGAUGUGAAGAUUGUUGGGGUUUCUGCCGAUGAUCAUGCAAUGGAGGCAUUCAUGAAUGCUGGUGCUGAUGCUUUCGUUCCCAAACCAAUGAGGAGGGCGGUUCUCAUACCUAUCAUUCAGGAGAUCAUCAACAAGAAGAAGAAUGCCAUGGUUUAGGACAAGUUAUCUUGCUCAAGUGAUGGAGGAAAUAAUAUUGUAUACCUUUUUGAUCUAUGUUUGCUUUACUGCAUUGUUGUGUUGCUUGUUCAAUUGUGUCAUUUGAUUGUGAGAACUUCAUGUUAAUGUCCAAACAUAAUUAUCCACAAUAAUAAAGUACUUUUGAUUAUAUUUGAUCGAUAUAAUCUGUAGUUCUUUUCGCUUUUUUCCAACGCUUUUUACUAACUCAUUUUUCAUGUUGUGAGUCAUGUACCAUUUUGAGAGAGAGAAAUAUUAGACUAUGAAUAUUUUGUAA